GCGUUGGGUGGGCACCUGUGCAACCAGUAGUUAUGCGCGGCUUGGAGGACCCUGGGCCUCGCCCUAAAGCUACCCCGUGCGGGUGCGUGAAGCCAACUCUGGAGACAGGGAAUCUUUUAACAGAGCCAAUUGGAUACUUGGAAUCCUGUUUCUUAGCCAAGAAUGGUACUCCAAGGCAGCCAACCAUUUGUAGCCACUCACGGGCCUGUUUGAGGAUUAGAAAAAGUAUCUUUAAUAAUCCUGAACAUUCCUUGAUGGGCUUAGAACAGUUUUCUCACGUUUGGAUUUUGUUUGUUUUUCACAAAAACGGUCAUUUGAGCUGUAAGGCCAAAGUGCAGCCUCCUAGGCUGAAUGGUGCAAAGACUGGUGUUUUCUCCACAAGGAGUCCCCAUCGUCCCAAUGCAAUAGGACUGACUCUGGCCAAACUGGAAAAGGUGGAAGGUGGAGCCAUAUACCUUUCUGGAAUCGACAUGAUUCAUGGCACACCUGUUCUAGACAUAAAGCCCUACAUAGCUGAUUAUGACUCACCACAAGAUUUGAUUGAGCCUUUAGGGGACUUUCAUUUACAGGAAAACCAAUGUAAACCAAAACCCAUGUCCCAAUCUGAUGGCACGAUUGACAGCUGUGACUGGCAACAGCUCUCAGGAUACGAGGAACCACAGGCCUACAUCUGCACCAAGGAGAAACCUUGCCCCGAAGACAGAACUUCAGGAGAAAAUGAUACAAAACACGAUGACGACACAGCAGAAAUCCAGCGAAACUCACCUAAGCCCAGGGAGAGAGCAGCAGAUUUGGGUGAAGAAUCAGGAAGUGGCUCGAGUCCAAGUGUGGCAGAAGGGCAGAGAGGUCCAUGGCACUUGGAGAAGAGCUUUUUAGAGGAACAAGCAGACAGCAGGUUGAGGAGAGGGAAGGAAGCAGUGGUCCCACCAGGACACAGUGCAAAGCUGCCCCCCGAGGCUCUUCCCUGCCCCUCCAGGGUGGCUGAUGCAGCCCACCGCAGUGUGGUCCCUGCCUGGGUGAGAGAGGCCCCCGUGGCCACCUUGGAAGUCCGAUUUACUCCUCACGCGGAGAUGGACCUUGAGCACCUUAGCUCAGGUGAUUCAGGUGUUGGCCGGGCUUCAUUUAAAUAUUUUCAAUCAGCAGAAGAAGUGAAGCGUGCCAUUGAGGCAGUGCUUUCAGCUGACCCUCGGUCUGUGUAUCGGCGGAAACUCUGCCAGGAUCGCCUUUUCUACUUCACAGUAGACAUAGCACACGUCACCUGCUGGUUUGGUGAUGGUUUUGCAGAGGUACUAAAGAUCAAGCCAGCUUCUGAACCUGUUCAGAUGAGUGACGCUGCAGAGUCCUUGGUGUCUCUGGGAUCGUGAGUAGCCUCCGUCACGUCUUUAAAAUGGAUGAAUUGAAGUUCCCAUCGUGGUGCAGCGGAAACGAAUCUGACUAGGAACCAUGAGGUUGGGGUUUGAUCCCUGGCCUCGCUCAGUGGGUUGAGGAUCCAGCAUUGCCAUGAGCUGUGGUGUAGGUUGCAGAUGUGGCUUGGAUCCUGUGUG